CAUCAUCUCUCUUUCCAUGGCUACCCCACCUCUCUGUCUUAUUAUCUCUUUUGUUUCUCUCUGAUCAAGACCUCAUCAUCUUAAGGUUCAAUGAUAUAUUGACUAGCUAGGGUCGAGUUUGUCUGUACACGAAUUGACCUCUCCUAGGGUUAUAUAUAUACAUAUACAUAUACAUAUAUAGCAUAAUGGAGAAAGAAGAAAACUACUCGGCAAAUUUUGUGGGUCUGGAUUAUUCAUUAGACCAUCAGCAGCAGCAGAGGAUUGGUGAACGUUCUUGUGGUGAUAAUAACAAUGGAAUGGUUGAUUACAUGCUGAAUAAUCCUCAACAGCAGCAGCAACACAUAUCGUCUUCAUCUGGGUUUUGUUCCACUCCGACUUCUUUUGAUAAACUGAGCUUUGCUGAUGUUAUGCAGUUUGCAGAUUUCGGUCCCAAAUUAGCUUUAAACCAAACGAGGAUCCCCGAGGAAGAAACCGGGAUCGAUCCUUCAGGUUAUUUCCUCAGGUUUCCUGUCUUAAGCGACAAGUUAGAGGAUCAGUCGUUGAUGGUUCCUCCUGAGGGAUAUGUGGAAGAGAAGGGGAAUAAUAAUGGAGAAGAUGAAGCUAGGGUUUCAGAUAAUGAUGGUGUACAACUCCGGUUCUUUGCGGAAGAUGAUGUUCAGAACAAGAACAGUGUGAUACCAGAAGGUGGUAAGAACAAGAGGAAGAGGCCAAGAAGUAUCAAAACGAGUGAAGAAGUUGAAAGCCAAAGGAUGACUCACAUAGCUGUGGAGAGAAACCGAAGGAAGCAGAUGAAUGAGCAUCUUCGAGUGCUGAGAUCCCUCAUGCCUGGCUCUUAUGUCCAAAGGGGAGAUCAAGCUUCUAUCAUCGGUGGAGCCAUAGAGUUCGUGAGAGAAUUAGAGCAACUCCUUCAAUGUCUGGAAUCCCAGAAAAGAAGAAGAGUGUAUGGAGAAGGUUCAAGGCAGAUGGGAGAUACAUCAAUGGGGAUUCAACAACAGCAAUUCCCUCCCAUGUCAACGGAUCAAAUCAAGCUAUUGGAGUACGAAACCGGUCUCCGGGAAGAAACAGCCGAAAGCAAAUCAUGCUUGGCGGAUGUUGAAGUGAAGCUUUUAGGGUUUGAUGCAAUGAUUAAGAUCCUUUGUAGGAGAAGACCAGGCCAACUGGUUAAAACCAUAGCUGCUCUCGAAGAUUUGCAGCUCAAUAUCCUUCACACCAACAUCACCACUAUUGAACAAACAGUUCUUUAUUCCUUCAACGUCAAGGUUGGGAGUGAAUCUGGGUUCAGCGCAGAAGAUAUUGCGAGCUCAGUCCAACAGAUAUUCAGUUUCAUUCAUGCAAACAGCAGCAUGUAAUAAAAUCGAGGAAGCUAAUAAGGUGUCCCUUCAGUAACCUGUUUUUACAUGGAUUUAUGUAUUUGGUUUUGUAAUAGGAACAUAAGAUAGUUG